AUGGCGGACGCUGCACAACGAGUACUUCUGAACGAAUUCAAGGCCCUGAGUAAGGAAACAUGGACCAACAUCGAGCUCCUGAACGAUAACGUCUUCGAGUGGAGUGUUGCCCUUAUCGUGCUCAACCCAGACUCCCUCUACUACGGCGGUUACUUCAAGGCCAAGAUGACCUUUCCCCGCAAUUACCCUCAUUCCCCGCCAGACUUCAAGUUCGUUCGCCCACUCUACCACCCGAACAUCUACCCAGACGGCCGCCUGUGCAUCUCGAUCCUGCACCCGCCCGGCGAUGACGAGAUGUCCGGCGAGCUUGCGGCCGAGCGUUGGUCGCCCGUGCAGCGCGCCGAGACUGUCCUCCUCUCCAUUCUCUCACUCCUGGACGAUGCCGAGACCUCUUCGCCCGCCAACGUCGACGCCGGUGUGAUGCUGCGCAACCAGCCAGAGCAGUACAAGCACAUGGUCACAAAGGAUACCGAGGCGUCGAAAGCAGAUAUUCCAGCGGGCUUCGUCAUGCCCACACACGAAUCAGCCUGGAGGCGAAAGGAAGAGGAGGGCGAUUUCGAGAUGAGCUGGGAAGACAGUGACGUCGAGAGCUUCGGUGGUAGCGAGAGCGAUUUCGAUGAGGAGAUGGACUCCGAUUUCGAGGGCGAAGAGGAUGAAGACGAGGAGGACAAGUAA